CGCAGGACGUAGCGAAGUGUCCCGGCUCCCCUCGAUGGUCCACCGCAGCCCGGAGGAGGGACGAACCUUCCACCGCUGCCCGGAAAUCAGCGUCGAAGAGCCGCCGUACACACGCUGACAGCAGUAAGCUUCUUAACAGCUCUCACUCUUAAAAACAGCAGACCGCGGAAACUCCAUUCUGAGGGCAGCGCCUCCACCUCUCCACCCGCCAACCGCUCCCUCUUGUCUGGCUACAGGACAGCGCACCGUACCGCUGUGGAUUUAACCGGAACGUUUAUUUCUCUAGGCUACUUCCUAGAAUCUUGUUCUACGGAGUCUGGAAGUGUGUGAUUGUAACUUUAUUUCGGUUGAUGAGGCUCUUGCGCUUGGCGUGCGUAAAACCCGCGCGGAAACUGCCGAGAGCCGACAGAGCGGAGCAGAGAGAGCAGGAGUGCAGGGUCAACCAGGCUGGAGUCAGUGUAAUUACCGGCUGUAUGUUCAACUGUUUAAAAAAUUAGGGCUCAGUUAAUGUGUUAAAAAACGUUUUAUUUUUGCAGAAAAACAGACUUCUAAGGAAGUUUGAGAAUUAGGAUGAAAGAAGAUGCGGAAAGAUGCAAAACUAGGGAAUAAAGCAGGUUUCGAUGGGAGAUUUUCCUGGGACAACACCUAAUUUCUUUGUUUUUAAAGAGACUGGUUCCUGAGUUUUAGAUAACCUAGGCAUUUUCAAAAUGCUUAAAAGGCAAUAAUUGGAGCAGAAUUGGCGGAUUCAUUUUACACACCUUGAGAAGUGACACCCUGACAAUUUUUGCUGAUCCUCUGAAACUCUUAGAAGCUAAACUGCAUGUCAAUUGAACCCCAAGACCCUCUAAUAUUUAUUGAAAACAAAACAAAAAAACAAAAUAAUAAUAAAUCAAAAAAAAAGAAAGAAAGAAAGAAAAGAAAAGAAAUAAUGUUCAACUUUCUUCACAGGAAUAUACAUAUUAGUAUUUAAUUUGAAAUAGGACAGAAAUCCUACAGACUGAAACAGCAAAGUGUAGCAGAAUUAAUUUACCACAAUACCUGAAACCUUAUAAAUUAUUGUUUUAAUCAAUACUAAAACAAUAAAUCUAUGCCAGAAGUUUCAUUAUUACACUUCUAAGUUUGUUGGCAUCUUUGUGGAAUAAGACUUAACCUAACCCGUGAGAUUGUGAUUCAGAAUAGAUGGAAAAUGUUGGUGGUUUGCACUGAAUUCUUAAAUAUCACAGAAAUGUUCACUAGAUGUGUGAGUAAUUUUCAGGCUUUAAUAAACACCUUAAAUUUAACAUAGAUGCACCAAAGAGGUUAUUAUUUUGCCCCAAAACAUUUCAGGCUUUUUUUUUUUAAUGCAACAAAGAUUUAUCAUUUCAAUUCUCAAGUGGAGGAAUGAUCUGAUUUGGCGAAAGCAGAUGUAACCUACAGAUAAUAAUGAUAGAUUCCUGUGUCUUGAGUGUGAAUUUUACACCUACAACAGCCAAAGUAGAAUAAAGCAAUACCAUCUUUUCUGUGCAGGUAAAGAAAGAAAACAAUCUGUAGCAUAGACUAAGAUCAGAUGCCCAAAUUUAUGAGAGUAUCAAUGCAGAUGGAAAGACUGAAUCUGGGACUGAAUGGAGUUUUACACCUUCAGAGUAAAUGGAUCUCCACACACCUGGAAAAAGCAUCAAGUCUGAUGGUCUGAGCAGCUUUGAUUUUUCAGUGAGCUGCCUGAAACGUGACUCUAACUAAGUGUUUUCUUUUUCAAAUAAUAAAUCAAUCUCUGUAGUCAGUUUGGGAAUCAGCCGCUCUUCCUGUCUCCUCCUUCAGACUGAUUCAAAUAUGUUUGACCCUCUGUACAUGCAUGACAUCCUGUCUUGACCUCCUCUUUGCUCCUCUGAUGCUGAUGAUUGAAACCUCCUCCUCCUCUUCCUCUCUUCUCUCAGCAACCUCGAGUGGCCAUGCUGAAACCGGGCGACUCGAGCGGCUCGGCCUUCCUGAAGGUGGACCCGUCUUACCUGCAGCACUGGCAGCAGCUCUUCCCUCAGGCGCAGCUGAAGCCUCCCCUCGCGCCGCCGCCUCCACCUCCUCCACCUGACCGUCUCUCCAUCCCCGUGGACAGCCUGCGACAGUCCCGCCUGCACAGCCACCUCUUGGCCUCCUCACACUGCACUUCCUCCUCUUCUUCUACAUCCUCCUCUUCAGCUCUCACUCCAUCCUCCUCCAUCUCCAUCGCCACCUCUGCAGGGAUCUCCCAGCUCCCCGUCCCUCAGCAAAUUGCCCUCUUUGGCCAGGCGUUGGCCCCUGUGUGUGCCGGGCCUGGAGGACCAGGAGGAGGACCGGGAGGAGGACCGGGAGGAGGAGGAGAUUUGAUUGUGGUGGUUCCUCCAGAGAACCAGCAGCAAGGUCCUAGUAACCCAGCAGCAGCAGCAGCAGCAGCAGUGGGGCUCCUCCACCAGGCUAAAGAGCAGAGCUGUGGGGGUGUUGGGGUGGUGUCGUCCAGCGUGAAGAGCAGCGGAGGAGGAGAGGAGGGAGGCAAAGGAGCGAGGUUCAAGCUGACUUCUGAGGAGCUGGACUACUACCUGUACGGACAGCAGAGGAUGGAGAUCAUCCCACUGAGCAACCACACGGGAGAGGUCAACAACCGUACGUACAAACUAAAUCACACACACACACACACACAUACACACACACACACACACACACACACACACACACACACACACACACACUUCCCUGAAAUGAAUGAAGACUUUGUUUAACUUUCAUUUCCCGCCCUUCUUUUGAAAGUUCAUGGUAGAAACUUAAAUUCAAGGGCAGGUGGACAACUUUCCUAUCAAGUUCAGAAAUGUUCUUUUAUUCAUUAAGCUAGCUGUCAUACAGAUGUGCAUAGUGACACGUUAUAUUUAAAUGUUUAUGUUAUAUUUUCUAAGGCUGAUCUAAUAUGACUUCAAUUCUACACAAGAUUUAGCUUUCUGUAGAGACAGUCGUUUACAGCCAUAACCAUAAUUUGAUUGAAUUUAUCAGUAAGUCAAGUUAGUGCAAAAAAACUAAAUAGGUUGUGUAGUUAAAUUAUCUGUGGAAUCAUAGGAACAUUUUUAAUCAUUUACAACACAGAGGUCAUAUAUCCUUAUAAAUAGUGAAGCAAAAUGCUGACUCCAUCGUUACAAAGUUGUCUUUGAAGAGUUUGUACUUUAUUAUUAUUAUUAUUAUUAUUAAUAAAAUAUUUUAAACUUACUUUUAUAGUUUUACUUUUCACAUUUCUAUUUAUCAAAGCCAUAUUCAUUACUCACAGAACUUUUUAGACUGACAUGCCACAUCUACAACCAGGACGGAAAAUAAAAAGUUAAAUUAAUAAGUUCAAUGGGACUAAUUUUUUGAGUUUUUAAACUCAAAAACACUUCAAAUCAAAAGAUAAAAAAACUCCUGAAAGUACAAUAUAGGUAAAGUGGAGAAAUGUUCUUUUACGAAAACUUUAGUGAAACAUGCACAUUGAAAGAUUUAGGGCCAGGUUUUAUUAAAUGAGGUCUUAAAUUCCCUUUUUAUAAAUUGUAUUAGGUACACAUAAAGCUACAUUUACAGUCACUGCUUUAAAAUGGACAGACAAAAGAUGAUUUUAACAGAAUAUUUUACUACUUAAAAAAAUAAAAAUAAAUAAACAUUUUAAUAACUAUUUUUCAGCAGGUAGGUUGUAAAAGUCGGAGAUGGAGAUUUCUUUCAUAUGUGUCAAAUGUGAGUCUUGAUAGUAUUGGAUGAACGGGUCAAAUGAGUGAGAUGUGGGCAGUUACAGUCAGUCUGACAGCUGCUGUGUUUACUGACAAUAGGAGGUACAGGGUGUAUAAGGUCAGAGAGUCAAAGGUCAGCAGCCUGGCCCUGGUUCAGACCCUCAGACAACAGCAGCAGCAGCAGCAGCAGGCCUGCAGUGGGAGUUAAUAUUAACCAGACCCCAUUCAGAUUUUUAUGGAAAUAAGGAGCAGGGUUUACACCUGUCUGCCCGCCCGCACAACCGCGCAUUGUCACGUGUUUCUUAUAUAUCAACUCAGGUGAAAUGAUCGAUUAAUUGUCGAGCCUAUGUGUUGUGUUUUAGUCAACUCUGGACCGAUUAAAAACCAUCAAAAAUAUGUAGUGUUUCACAAGAACCUCCUUUUUUCGGAGUCUUCUUCCCAAUCUCCCAGACUGAUCUUUUAAUAUUUCUUUUUCCUGUAAUUUUCGAGCACGAUUUAAUGACACAGAUAAACAAAUAUGGCUGCCUUAAAAAAAAAAAUGCUCAAAACUCUAGUGUGAGUCCCUCGCGUGCGCGCGUUUGGACAGAUAGCCUAUUGACACUCCUUCAUGCAUGAAGACUCACACCUAACACACACAUCCACACACACAAACACACACUCCCCACUUGUAUUCAAAGUCCCUUCAGUCCAGUCAAGGUGUGUUUUGAUCGUAAAUGUCCGGAUGUCACGUUGAAGAUGAGCUGCGCGAGCUCAGAAGUCCGUCUGCCCCGUGCAACUGCGCUAAACUCUCUCCACGGGGUGAGCGCGAGCUGCUCUGCACUCUGCUGUACACGUGA